AUCUAAGUUGGUAGCUCGCUAAAUAUAGACUGACAAAAGCUUCUUAAGUAAGAAACCACAUGCUCCUUUCCGUGAGCAGCGCCCAUGAAUGAGCACACAAACACUUAAGAGAAAAUCCCUUGUGCUUUUUAAUUCUAGAUGAAGCAUUACGUGAUUGAGUCAGAGAAUGUCUUCUGGUGUGGCGCAGAUGUCGGAGCUGCUCAGUCACACUAGGGACCUGGAGAAAAUUGGACACACUACAGGGAAAGAACAUAGUCUUAGCACCCACUUCCAGCACCUUAGUAGCCUUAGCUCCCUGCUCAGCCAUACGGUGUAGGAGGGACAACCCAACACAGCAGCAGCCAACAUGUGUGACAUGGGGGGAUUGGAUAAUCUGGUGGCGAACACGGCCUACCUUAAGGGGGGCGACGAAAAGGAGAUGAGGAAGAGGCGGCGCAGCCUGUCCCUGCCCAAGCCAGAACAGUGCGUGUCCAUCCGCGCCGCAGUGGGGAAAGAAUUUGAGAUGCUCUGCGAGAGGCAGCCCAUAGGGAAGAAGUUCUUCCGGAAGUUCCUCCUGGAGUCCAACCCGCAGUACGUGGCAGCUGCAGAGUUCCUGGAUGAGCUAAUCGAUUGGGAUUUGGCGGAAGGCGCUGGCAAAGAUAAGUUGAGGACGAACAUAAUCAACAAGUUCUGCAAGGCUGACUCCAAGAGCUUCCUGUCCUACCUGACAGGAGAGGUAGCGGACAAGUGCAAGGCGGUGUCGGACAAUGAUUUUGAAGACGUGAUGAUGGGCAAGGUGAAGGAUGCCACACGGGAGUACCUGAAGGAAAAGCCCUUCACAGAGUACCAGACCAGCCCUAACUUUGACAAGUUCCUGCAGUGGAAAGAGUACGAGAAACAGAAAAUCACAGAUAAGUAUUUUCAUGAGUUCAGGACCCUUGGAAAGGGAGGCUUUGGAGAGGUGUGUGCCGUGCAGGUGAAGAACUCAGGGCAGAUGUACGCCUGCAAAAAGCUAUGCAAGAAGCGUCUGAAGCAGAAGAAUGGUGAAGGCAUGGCACUACUGGAGAAGCAGAUCCUGGAGAAGGUCAACAGCCUGUUCCUGGUGAACCUGUCCUAUGCCUACGACACUAAGACCCACCUGUGUCUCGUCAUGACCCUGAUGAAUGGCGGCGACCUCCGGUACCACAUCUACAACAUUGGCGAAAAAGGCCUAGAAAUAGACCGCAUCAAUUACUACAUUGCGCAGGUCACCACAGGAAUCCUCCACCUGCACGCCAUGGAUAUAGCAUACAGAGACAUGAAGCCAGAGAACGUGCUACUGGACAGCUUCGGCCAAUGUCGACUCUCGGAUCUGGGGUUGGCCGUGGAGCUCCCUGGCGAAAAGACCAUCAAUCAAAAGGCUGGCACAAGUGGCUACAUGGCCCCAGAGAUCCUGAAGAAAGAGCCUUACCGGAUGUCAGUGGACUGGUGGGCACUGGGCUGCAGUAUCUACGAGAUGGUGUCAGCUCGCCUGCCCUUCAAGGACUAUAAGGAGAAGGUACAGAAGGAGGAGGUGGCACGGCGCACCCUUGAGGAUGAAUGCAAGUACGAGCACAAGAACUUUGACGAGGGCACCAAAACCAUCAUUGACCUCUUCCUCAAGAAGAAAAUUGACGAGCGUCUGGGAUGCAGGACCAAGAACGAAGACCCAAGGAAGCAUGAGUGGUUCAAGAGCAUUAACUUCCCUCGACUGGAGGCGGGACUGAUUGACCCACCCUGGGUUCCCAAGCCCAACGUGGUCUACGCCAAAGACACGGGGGACAUCAAAGACUUCUCAGAGAUCAAGGGCAUUGUGUUUGACGACAAAGAUGACAAAUUCUUCAAGGAAUUCAACACGGGGGCGGUGCCCAUUGCUUGGCAACAGGAAAUGAUUGACAGCGGACUUUUUGACGAGCUGAACGACCCCAACAGGAAAGAGUCGGCUGCUGGAUUUGACGACGAGGAGAAGAAAUCUAAAUCCUGCACGCUUUUAUAAAAGCCCCUCUAUACUAUAGUUAGGACUUUUGUAAUUUUCAAAGCUAUCACAUUAAGAACAUUGUGACGAUAAUCGUAUCCACAAGAAAGGUGUGAAGUGGUAGUAAAAUCCAGGGCCAGGUCAAGAAACAUAUUUCCACCACUUCACACCUUUUUUUUGUGGAUAUCAAAUCAAAUGUAUUUAUUUAGCCCUUCUUACAUCAGCUGAUAUAUUAAAGUGCUGUACAGAAACCCAGCCUAAAACCCCAAACAGCAAACAAUGCAGGUGUAGAAACACGGUGGCUAGGAAAAUCUCCCUAGAAAGGCCAAAACCAGAGGAACCAGGUUAUGAGGGGUAGCCAGUCCUCUUCUGCCUGUGCCGGGUGGAGAUUAUAACAGAACAUGGCCAAGAUGUUAAAAUAUUCCUAAAUGACCAGCACGGUCAAAUAAUAGUCAUCACAGUGAACAGGUCAGGGUUCCAUAGCCGCAGGCAGAACAGUUGAAACUGGAGCAGCAGCACAGCCAGGUGGACUGGGGACAACAAGGAGUCAUCAUGCCAGGUAGUCCUGAGGCAUGGUCCUUGGGCUCAGGUCCUCCGAGAGAGAAAGAGAGAAUUAGAGAGAGCAUACUUAAAUUCACACAGGACACCGGAUAAGACAGGAGAAAUACUCCAGAUAUAACAGACUGACCCUAGCCCCCGCAGCAUAAAUACUGGAGGCUGAGACAGGAGGGGUCAGGAGACACUGUGGCUCCAUCCGAUGAUACCCAUGGAGGCCAAACAGGCAGGAUAUAACCACACCCACUUUGCCAAAGCACAGCCCCACACCACUAGAGGGAUAUCUUCAACCACCAACUUACCAUCCUGAGACAAGGCCGAGUAUAGCCCACAAAGAUCUCCGCCACGGCACAACCCAAGGGGAGAUAUGAUUCUUCCUGCUCUCCUACAUUGUAAUGAUCAUGAUAAACCACAGCACUUACGAUGAUAUCAGCAAUCGAUAAGGUGCUAUAGAGUCAUUUUGCCUAUAUCAUUGGGCAGAGUCCGUGUCUGUGGUAUAAUCAACAGCAAAGAGGUAGACUAGAGCCAGAAUGGGGACUGUGCUUUACAGGCACUGUCAGAGUUGCAGUAGCAGGCUUCUACCACAAGGUGUCCUCAGAUAUCUAGAUAUGUGGAUAUUCACAAAACCAUCUCCUCCUAUAUUGACCUGCGUAACAUCUUUCCUUUUUUAAAUGCUUAUGGUAAGAUCACCUGUUACUUUUUUUGUGAGUUGUGGUUUUAUUGGAUUGCAAUGCUUUGACUCUUAAAACCUUAGAGAGCAUUAACUCUCACUCCUUCACAAGUCUAUCCCAAUGACCAACAAACUCCCAAACCAUAUUUUAACAAAUCUAUAAAUAAAAGUAAAAUGGAUCUCACUGUGUUCAGUCUUAUAAGCUAUAUUUAAUAGUAUUAUGUAGGGAUUAUUUCAAGGGCACUAUAACAAUGUAUAUGCUAACUUAUUUUCACCCAUUAGUUACAUUUAAAGGCCCAAUGCAGAUGUUUAUAUAUCAAUAUCAAAUUAUUUCUGGGUAAUCAUUUGUGUACCUUACUGUAAUAGUAUAAACACUUAUGUACCUUACUGUAAUAGUAUUACAUUAAAAUGGACAAAAAUAGCAUUUUAGCAAAUAACUAUUUC